AUGGAGUCUUCACCCAUCGUGAAAGCUCACGACCACGCUGCCGCUGCCGCAGUUGCAACUCGCCAGUCCGCAGACACGACCGUCGCCAUAAACGAGCAUACUCUUGCAGCGGGUGAAUUUGCCAAUGCCGCCCGAAACACCACCAGCGUAGAAGCCCUACGCACGUUGAAACUUCUCGAGGAGCACCACCGACGCCUUGCCGAGCUGCUCAACCUCCACCCCGAACCUGUAUCCCAGAACAGUGAGGAAGAUGUAAAUGAGAAGACGUCUCAGGAUGAAAAGGGGGGCUCUACUACCCAGCAGUCCGGCAAGAAGAUGCCCAGUCUCACGCAGAGGGCCUAUUCGAGCCGAGAAAUGUCCUCUUCGAUUGCUAGUAAUCUGGCUUCUGCGAGAGGCAUUCGUUCCAAGUAUCGCGGGCAGCCUCUUAGCCCUAGUGUGUCCAACGACCAGGCUCCCGGAAACGUUGACGCGCAUCCUCGCCGAGACGGGUCAAAGUCCAAGAUGCAGAGCAUCAUUGAUACGCAGCCCGGUAAACCAACUUGGGUUCCGCCGACGACGAACCCCCGAACCGAGUCUCGCACCAACAAGAGCGCCGCUUCUUCGCCACGAGUCGACCAAACACCUGCUUCUGCUGUCACAAACGAAGACGUAGGCUACGCUCGAUUCUACAACACGUUUGGUAGCCUCAUCAACAAGAUCUCUGCGCCGCUCGCGUUCGCAGGUCUCCCCUUGAUCCAAGAAGAACCCACGCCAGAACAGUCCACUGUAGAAUUGCCCGCUGAGCCGUCUCCAUCGAAACGCAAGUCCUCCCGCCAGCCACCAACAUCGCUCAACCUCGAUCCAGACCUAUCAAAGAUCUACUCAAAGGCAACGAUGCGAGCCCUCGCGCGGGAGGGCCACUCAACCAACGAUUCGUUCUACGUCGUUCCAACGACCGGCCACACCAUGUCCUACGCCAACAUCCUGACCUAUGCCGAGAAAGAGAAACGUCGUCUCGGGGCAUCCCUCCACAGCAGCGACUCCGAGCACCCUCACCUGGACGAAGAAGACGACGACUUUGUAGAUGCCCGCGAAACUCCGGUCCCCGUGUCCUCCGACGUCAGACGCCUUCGUGGCUUGCUGUCCAAAACAGAAAAGGAUCUCCGAAAUACGAUUGAGGAGCUCCUUUUGCAGAACAAGUCUCUCAAAGACACUCUGGAUGUUGUUUCGAAGCGCCUGCACGCAUUUGAAGCCAGCUCGCAGCAUUCAGCCAUGGCACUCGCCGAAUCAUACCGCGUAAUGAGACCAGACUCGCCGAAUGCAGCUCCCCAUCCAGCAAAGUCAUCUGGAGAUGAGGCGCUCCAAAAGAAGACGUCCGACAUGGAGGAACAGUUAGCCGCGGCACUGAUACAGAUGGAACGGCUGGAAAAGGAUAACCGCAAGAUGCAGAAGACGUUGGAAAAGUACAGAGAGAAAUGGGAGGUGUUGAAAGCAGGAGCCAAGGCACGAAGGGAGGGUAAAUCCGGCGAAGGAGAUGACAUCUAG